CAUGUGCCAGACCCAUUAAUCAAAUGACUACACGUUGCAGUGUUUUUCUUCUUCGGAAAAUCAAGAAAUCAACCAAAUGUGGAUACAAUCAAGUAAUCAACAGCAAAAAGAUCGUUUCUCUUCCACGUGUCGUAAAGUGAGACUCUGAAGCUAAUCAUCAUAUUCAGAAACUUUAUAUUAAACUAUAGAAGAACGUAACAGACAACCUAGGGAGGAUGGGACGGGAAUAAUAUGGUUGAGGAAGAUCUGGAUUUCUUCACCUACCCAGACAAUCUAUAGACCGUUGAUAUUAUUUUAGUUUCGAAAAUCGACUAGAACAUUAAUUAUGUGGCAAAACUGGAAGCACACCAGACGAUGAGUCAUAAGUUUUGUGGCCAAACUAUUACGCAUAAUUUGACAAACGAAUUUAUACAAAAAGACAUGACAACUCAGACUCACAAAAUUAAAAUAUUAAAAAAAUCUUAUUGUUGUUGAAGUUUUGUUGGUAGACGUAACAUACGUUACAAAUCCCUAGGAUAUAAAUAGAGCUCGUUGAAUAAAAUCAGUAUAGAGAAACAAAGCUCAACAACAAGAAAAAAAAACAAAUAUGGCAAUGAAGAUCAUCAAGAAUCAUGUAAGAUCGAUAAGUUUACCUUCAAGAUCUCAUCCCAGCACUGCAGCGAUUGAGGAAUCGCUAGACAAAUUUCUUAUCACUAUGAACACGAAGACAGUAACGUCAUCUGAAUCGGUUAACUCCGGUUUAGUGGGGUUGGAGGAUCUGUACGAGUGUACGGAGGAGUGUCUGAAGAUGGGUUCCACACGAAAUGUGUUGUCGUUUAAUGCUGAGAGGAAGAAGAUGAAGGGAGAGUUUAUGGAGGAAAUGCUUGAUGGGUCGUUGAAGCUAAUGGAUAUAUGCAACGCCUCAAGAGAUCUCAUGGUUGAGACUCAUGAGCAUGUUCUUGGUCUUCAAAUUUGCGCUAGGAGAAGGCAAGAUGUCGACUUCUCGGACUACGUCGGGUUUAGGAAGAACAUGAAGAAAGAAGCGAGGAAGCUUCUAGGAUCCUUGAAAAACAUUAAUGUAGGGUUAGUAAUGAGAGAUAAUGAUCUGGAUCAAGACCGUGAUGUUCAUUUCUUUGCCGUGAAUCACGCUAUGAGACGUGUUGUCUCGAUGACGGUUUCGGCCUUGAAGUCGUUCUUGGAGUUCUUGUCGGGUCGAGAAAACGGAAACGACAUAAGGAGCAAGUUCGCUUUGGUCCUCAUGAAGAAGAAGUUUCAUGGUUAUGAUAAGAUAGUCAAAAACGAGUUGGAUGAUGUAGAUUCAGCUAUAUCUGGAGAUUCUUGCUCUCAAGAGGAACUUCAUAGGAAGCUUGAGGACCUUGAGGUGUGGACUGGGAGGUUUGAGAAAAGUCUAGAAGGUUUGUUUCGAAGGUUGAUUAGAACACGGACCUCGCUUCUCAACAUCAUUUCUCAAUAGAUGUAUAUGUAUGUAAUAUUGUAAUCUUUGUGGGCAUCUGAUUUUAGAGGAAUUGCCGGAGGGUUACUUACUAUACUCAUAAGAUUUUGUAAAUGCUAGUUUAGUUAAUUAUAUUUAUAGAAAUAUUUUAUCAAAUAUAUAGCAAUCUUUCGAUCACACGUUUUGGUAUCACUUAGUGAUGAUAUUACCAAUUUGAAUCACUGGAUGUAACAUGAAAAAAUCACCGAGAGUGUCUAGUGAACAAUUAUAUUCCCAAAUACUCACUUUUUCCAAACCUUUUCGCCAGGUGAUGUCCGUAAAGAAUUGAUGCUCGAAAUGGAAAAAAUACAUUAGGCAUUGCGGAUUUAACUGAUCAAAUACUGAUCUAGCAAUACUAAUCUAGUAGAUUAAACGGAUUGAGUGGAACAAAUAUACAUUUAACCGUACAAGAGUGAGCAGAUAUAAUGGGAAAAGUGCCAAUUUCGACCCCAACAAUUUCAGUCGUGCCAAAUACGACCCGAACAAUUGAUCAGUGCUAAAUACGACCUCAACUCAAUUAUAAUUCAAAAAAACUACCCGAACUUUUUAAAACGUGUCUAAAUCUACAUUGACUCUAACAGAAGUUAGUCAACCGUUAACAAGAUAAAACGACAUCGUUUUGAUAUACGAGGAAAAGUGCCAAUUUCGAUCCCAACACUCUCAAUCGUGCCAAAUAGGACCCGAACAAAUGGCCAGUGCCAAAAACGACCUCAACUCAAUUAUAAUUUAAGAAAAAUUAUCCAAUCUUUUUUUUAAAACGUGUCUAAAUCUACAUUGACUCUAACAGAAGUUAAUCAACAUUUAACAAGAUAAGACGACGUCGUUUUGAUAUAUGUAUUUUUUUAAAAAUAUGUUCAUUUCGGAACUCAAAUCCGUACUGAGAUAUCCUUUUAAAGGGGCACACUAACAACUAGACUAAAAUAAUUUUUUGAAAUAUUAUUACAAAUUGAAAUUCUCCAUUAUAUAAACUACUAUU